GCUGCCUGCUGCUCUCCAUCUGCGCAUUCUGUUUAUCGCAGUGAAAAUCUCUGUUCUCAAUCUGUGUUACCUGCGGUAGGCGGGACCGUUCAUCCUCAGUGUCAUCGUCAAGUCAUCGUUCUGACUUUAUCCUAUACUUCCACCACGCUGGCUUCUCUAAACUCGACAAGUGCAACCAAAACUGCAUGCAGUCGGAGAAAGAGGCCAUAAUUUCAUCAGAAGAGGAUGAAGGCUUAUUUGGUUCUCCACCACCUUCACCUGGUCGAGGUAGGUCACCAUCGCCGGGAUUGGCUCUGCCAAGCAGUAGCAGCGGAGUUAGUCUGGUAUCACAAAAUGUGGGGACCAUUGCACUUCCUGGUUCCCAGGAUAAUGCUGAACUUGCUGUCAAUCCAUUAGCCUUGCCUUUCAGCGAAUCCCGCCACGGGUUACCACGGCCUCCGGUGAACGUGUUUAGGUUGAACGAAAACGCAUGGGUCUCUAGUAGCUCUUCAAGAUCUUCCCCGAUUUCUAGCGUUGAUACAGUGUCUCGAGCCUCUUCACAAACACCAUCUAUUACUAAAUCGCGCAAGAGAAAAUCUACAACAAGUGGCAACCCAUCACGACUUCCACCCCUCGAAAUUCCACUUCCCGAUCCAUCUCAGCCUCCACCUUCCAAUUGGUUACGUAGCCAGGCUGCGCUGCUCGGCCAUGCGGGUUUGGUAGGCGGUAUCAAGCCUGCCAGCUUUUCUCAUGGACGUCCUCGUGGCUCAACCCCUUCUAAUCCCAUAGUUGUAGACGAUGCCAAUGACAUGAAAAAUGCCCAAAAGCCCAAAUCACCACGUUGGCAGCACCACCUUGCUACCGCUGACCUCAAACUAACCCCUCCCCCAACACGCGAUAUCGUCGAUAUUCUCAUCAGGCAGAAGGAAGUUUUCCCAAUUCUUCAGGACCUUCUCAAGCUCUUUUCGGGUAAUCCGGGAUUAGCCAGUACGUAUCGCGAUAAACAGGAUGGGGUUGACCCGCCUACAAAAAGGCGUAAACUCAACUGCGUUCCGGCUGGAGCUGCCGACUGGGACGUUCCAUAUCCAUUUCAAGUCGGGGAAGGACCGCAACGUUAUCAUGACGGCUGGGUGGAAAAUCGUGCUAAACAAUUGGUCUCUCAGCUUGUGGCCCUGAUCAAAACUGCUUCGCGAAAGGCUGCUCUUCGAAACCUUAUCCAAGAGCAAAAUCAAGCCAGAGAGCGCCCAGAGGGAAAGUGCUGUCAACCUGAGCCGCCGGACUCUGAACACUUGGAGCCCAAGACUUAUGGACACGGACACUACAAACCUGUCACUUCGUUUUAUGGCCUCGACAAGUCAAAUGUGCCCGAGGCCCCGACAGAUACCCCAUCCAUCUCCCCACCUCGUACCGCGCGUUCCCCAUCACCACCCACUACUUCUUCUAUUGAAGACUUGAUUUCCUCACUUGUUACCACUACACCCAUCGGCCAGUCGAGCAAUGAAACAGUUAACGACGUGAACGCCAUCUUCAGUCAUGUCCCUCAGCAUACAAAUGACAUUGACGGUGUAACCGACAAUUGGAUGGCCCUUUUUCAGUUAAUCUCCCCCGAACAAAACCAAAACUUUCUAUUCAGCACUGCUCAAAAUCAGGGCGACGGGGUGUCAUCCGUAGCCACCGAUAUUCCAAUGGACUUCGGUUCAUGGACAUUUCCGGAUUCGUCUGGUGAAAUUACAAGUUCCAUGUCAACCUUUUCAUCGUCGUUCCUCGACUCCUCUCAGUUGAUGGAUGUCGACAGGGACAUUGCCCUUCCGGAAGUUUCUUCUUCUCCCAUCCUCGACGUUGACGCUCUGUUCGGCCAUCCAUUGACUGCUACUCCUUCACACCUCGACCCUUUGUCGAUAUCUCUACCCCAAAUACCAGCAGGGAGCGGAACGCCUUCCCUGGCUGCCUCUCCUAUACCUUCAUCUUUAGGUGGUGAUUUCCCCAUGACGCCUAUCUCGGGUGUUGGCAACGAUCCAAACACAACUGGCAACCUCGAGUUUGGUUUUGACAUUGCUGAUGGUAUUGUACCACCUUCCCAGAGCGGUAUGACCGAUGAUGUGAUGAACGCCGCUAGUAGUCUCAUGGCACUGGGUGGGAACCUCAAUGGACCAUGGAAUUGGACUGGCAAUUUGGAAGGAGGUAGCAGUAGCGUUGAGGGUAAUGGCAUCGGUGCGGAUGCGACUCCCAACAACUCUAAGCAAGCUGCGUUUGAAAAUAGGAAUGCUGCUGUCAAUGCCAGGAUGGACAUCAACCAAGGUCAAGGACAAGGCGACAACAACGUUCCUUCUUCUUCUUCGCCUGCUGCCGGCAACAGUAAUGGACCGAAAGAACAGGAAAGGGGAAAAGAAGUCGAGGCAGAGGCGGUCAGGGAUAUUCUACCUGCCCUGAUGUCGGCUGUCUUACCUCUGGGCAUUCCCUUGCACACGCCGAACGUGAAUGUUGGCACGUCUUCUGUUUUCACACCACCAAAUCAAGGGGCCACGAGCUCUCAGCCUUCGAAUAAGAGGUUGGACAGGGCGGAGCUGGUUAGGCUUGCGAAAGAUAGGAGGGCGAAAUUGGCGGAGGAGAUUAUCAAGGCCAGAACACAGUUGUGGGAGACUACUAUUGAGCAUGGUGUGCUGAUGCACCUUUCAAAAUUCUAUAUGUAGAUCCUUCACAAUACAUAGUACUACUUAUUUUGCACAACAUUAGAGUAAGAAUCUUCAUGAGAUGAAUAUAUGUCACCC